AUGUCUUUGAGUAUUUCAGAAGAAUUUGGAAUCCUUGUUCAUAGCUGUGUCGUGGAAGAUGGCCAAGGUCAAAAGGAACUUAUUGUUGAUGAAAAAGGGUGUCAUACCGAUCGUUUGCUUUUGGGUGAUCCUACUUACGUUGCUGCUCUCAAUAUGGCAUAUCGAGAAGCAUCAAUAUUCAAAUUCGCUGAUCGGAUUUCUAUUCGAUUUCGAUGCGAAAUUCGACUCUGUUUCAAAUUUGAUGGUGGAUGUGAUGGAGUGACGCCUCCGAUCUGCAACAGAGAUAAUCGGGUCCCGAGAAGCUAUUCAAGACGUGACGUGGAAAACAAUACGGUAAGUAUUUUUGAAAAUAUAGCAACUCGCCCGAUAAGGCUUGCCGGUUGUCCACAUCACCUGCGUGGACCUAUGGAUUUCUAA